UCUAGCUUUUUAUCAGUUCUCAAAAUGAAUACUUUCUUUCAAUUGCUCGCUGCUCUUCUUCUUGUAAACAUUGCAGCUGCUCAGGAUGGUCCUCGACCUCUGUUCAACCUGCUGAAGAAUCUGGCCUCCAGGGGAGAAUCCUCUCCUAUUGAAGAUUUCCAGAACCUUGUCACCAUCAGGAAAACGAUGAAAAAGAUGCUUGGUAACUGUUAUGAUUUCUCUACAAUGAAGGAAGCAGUGAAAACAUGCAAUGGCGGAGAAAUUUCUCUAGAAAAUAUUAUUAGUGGAGAAAUCACUCCGGAGGUUAUUGAAAAUAUAAAGGAGAAAGUAAAGGAACGAAAGAAUGAGGAUCUAAGCUGUGUAGCUGGAGAACUAGGUAUUCUAGUUGACGGUCAGCUGGAUUCUCAAGCAGUUCAAGGAUAUAUCAAGGAAACCGUGAUCAAGGAGGAUGUAGAGACUAUCCUGCUCCAGAAAAUGGAAGAGUGCUUUGACCAACUCAAUAACUGUCAGUUUGCAGAGGAAGAUGGGAACAUGAAGAAGAACAAAAUGUUUAUGAGCUGUAUGAAAGGAAGCAUGGCCAAGGCUUGUAUGCUCUCCACUGUUAAGGAAACCCUCGGAGAAGAAGUAGAUUUUGACAUCUAGAUAUUUAGAUUCUUUCUAAAUACUAAAAAGUAAUCAGAAAGGCUUAAUUGGACAUACAGAAGAAACUUACUGAUGGACUACAACUUAGCUUUUUGUAAAUAUAUAGAUUUUAUUUGCUUUCAAACUUUAUUUCAAUAAACAAUAUUCGAAUAAAUCUUUUGUUCCUU